UCAUGGAGCCUCCCGGAAGGCGCGGCGGAGGCGCUGCACGUGGCUCGGCAGGCAUGGACGCGCCCGGUGGGGCCGCGGCGGGGCCUCCACGCUUUCAGUGCCCGGAGGAGUUCUGUGCCAGGCGCUUUGCCCCCGGGCCUGCCCUCUGCCCGGAGACCCUGCGGGGGCCCGCCAAGCAGCUGCUGCUGAUCAGAGCACCCGCCAGCUUCAGCCCGGAGAGCCUCACCGGCCACACCAUGCCGCCGUGCAGCUCCCACACCGUGAAGGCAUCUCAGCUGGAUGGGACACUCAAAGUCUACAGUCUGCAGAUGAGCCUGGAGGAUCCCGGCAGCAGUGCCCGCCUGCUGAUCCCGUCCGGCCAGCCGGGUCACCUCAUUUGUGCCCCACCUUUCAGUGGCUCCUUGAGCAUCUGGGAGAGAUACGGCGAUCCCAGCGCCACCCAGCCCCUCUUCCCAGUGGCAGGCAGGCCAGCUCCCCAGGCCCCAGAAGGACUCAAGCAGCGCUUUUUCCCGUUUGGGGGCUGGCCCAAGAGACCCCCCCAUUCCUCGGAAGCUCUGGAGAAGACUGCCCGGAAGAAGAGCAAGAAACGGCGGCUGCAGAUGGCAGAAGGUGGGGGGGCUCUGGAGCAGUGGCUACCCCUGAAGCAUGAGUCCUGGGGGGAGGGGGGCAGUCCCAAGCAGCUUCCCGGGUGCCUCAUGGAGCCUGUGAGGGGGCUGCUGGGAGAGCAGACGGGGACCGGGCACAAGCAACACCCCCUGAAGGCAGAGGCGGCGGAGGCUGUGCUGCCAGCACCUGGGGCUUCUGGGCAGCUGCUAGGGCAGAAUGUCCAGCCGAGGGGCCACUUGGAGGAAGGUCUCUUGCCAGGAGGGCUGGGAGAUCCAGAGAGGAGGAAGAGCAGCAAGAGGAAGCAGCAGCAGCAGAAGAAUCGUGUGGAGACAGAAGGGCUGCCAGAUCGUUAUUCAAGGGGCUGGCUGCCGGGAGAGAUGGGGCCUGAGCAGGGAGGGGGGGGCGAUCCCGCAGGAGUGUCAGCUCUGGGUGGGUGCAUGCGGAAGCAGCAGCAGCGGGAGAAGGUGGCAGAGGGGCUGCAGGAUGCUGCUGCCAUUGAGGACCCGGGGGACACCCCCUGUCUGGGGAGCCUCCUGGAAGAGAGUCUGGGGUCAGCCAAGGAGGAACCUGGCGGGGGACUCCCUGGCUGCAAAAAGAAGAAGAAAAGCAAGAAGGAAAAGGGGGAUGAGGAGCUUCUGCAGAAACGGGGCAGAAACACAGUCCCUGGAGUCCAGCUCCCUUGUGCAGGAUUGGGAUGCCCUGGGAGUGCCUCUGUGGCGAGAGAGGUGGGGCCGGAAGAACCUCUGCAACCUGAUGGGGCAGCCCCAAACCAGAAACCCAAGAAGAGGAGGAGGGGGGAGGGGAGGUGCAGAGGGAGGGCUGGACCAGACUUUCUGCAGCAGGCACCUAAGGGCUGGGAAUUGCAGCCUCCCAGCAGUGCUGGGGGCAUCUCAGGGUUGUGGUGAGGGAACAGCUCUGUUCCUGCCAUAGCUGGGGGCAGCACCAACCCCCCCACAGUAAAUCCCCACCCAUUUGGCAGCUUUGGCCUAGUGAAUCAUAGGGUGGGGGCAGCAGGGGCCAAGCAUUGAUUAGCUGCUGGCUUUUUAUUUUUAUUCAUGUGCUUUCUGUGCUUCCAAAUAA